AUGGUUAAUGGCCUCACAGGAGCACUUUCGCUUGUUCUGUUACUCCAAAAUCUUGUAGAGCCCAUAAAACACAAAAGCACGAAUUGCUAUAUACACAUGCAUAAUAAUGCCAAUAGGAACAACUUUAUCAACACAGAAAGGAGGGAAGCAUAUCAGAGUAGAAUAGAGGGAACCAAGAAUAUUCUUCAUGAGAGUUCCAGGAGCAGGUAUGUGCCACUGUUCGUGUCCAAGGGAACCGAACUGUUAAACUCCUUUUUUUUUAAGAAUAAUAGACGGAUAAGUAGAGAUAAAUCGACGAAUAUUUCGAAGAACGGGAAGAAGAGUCCACCCUCUUCGUUUAAUGAGAGUAGCUCCGCGCGCGUCACUAGAAACAGGUCUUCAAAUGGAAAAAAAUGGGACUCAAGUAAGGACAUCGCGCAGGAGAGAGUUUCCCACCAGAAGAAAUGCACUGAACAAACGAGCGCGAUUGAAGAAUUAGCAGAUGAAUUGCUUAGCAGCCAGAGUAGCCACACGGAUGAAGACUUUAUCAGUGUCACAUCGAAUGAUCACCAAAAGAGGAACUACAGCCCAGGGAAAUGUCACCACCGAAGAAAUAUGACCAAUGAAAGUGGGAACAAUGACGGCAAUUCUCAUAUGAAUAAAGUUAGUUACAGCCCAGGGAAGAUGUGUGAUGUAUUCUCAAAUUGGGAUAUUGCCAAGGCGACUGUCAGAAGGAAAAAGAACGUAGAAGACAAUUUUACUUCUAUGAUGGAACUGAUUAAGGAAUCCUCUUCCAUACACUCCAAGAGGGACGCUGUAAUGAUUCCGCAGGAUCGUUCUGGAGAUGUACUAACGGAUGGUAGACGAAUGCACAAAGGGAACGUAAAAAAGAGGAAGAAACAUCUGAACAGGCUGUACUAUAGCUUUAGGGACCAGAACGAUUUUCUCUCGCGAAAGGAGGGGGGUACCCGUGGGGGUGAUGAGUGUGGAGAGAGGUUCUACGCUUAUCGGGGAGAUAACCAUGCAGGUGGCAACCCCAAUGAUGUGUGCCUCGUCCCAGUAGGGGACUCUCCCAUACGGCAAAUAAAACCAAACCUGUUGCAGCGAAGGGCGCACCGUACCAAGGCGCAGAGUUCGCAUCACAAUGGGAUUGAUACUGCUUCUCCUGCCAGUCAUCCGAGCGACUCCACCGACUUCCUAACGUACGAAGAAAAACAAAGGGCAAAGGAAAAGGCCCAUCAGGAAUAUAUAAGAUACAUCGAAGAGAGAAGGUACCCAUAUUUUAAUUUCCUAAAAUAUAAAAAUGGUAAGAUAAUAAAAAAAUUACUAAUUGCAAAUAAUGGCAUGGCAGCAACGAAGUGCAUUCUUUCAAUAAAGGAAUGGCUAUUUAAGUCCUUCUCCGAGGAAAACUUAAUGCAGAUCAUAGUGCUAGCCACAGAAGAAGACAUAUCAAGCAAUGCAAAAUACAUUUCGUUGGCCGACAAAGUUAUAAAGGUACCUCCUGGGAAGAACAUCAAUAACUACGCCAAUGUGCCGCUAAUAGUGGAUAUAGCAAAAAAGGAAAAAGUGGAUGCCGUCUGGCCAGGAUGGGGACACUGCUCAGAAAAUCCGCUACUCUCCACCAUGCUGGAAAGAGAAAACAUCAUCUUUAUAGGGCCAACAGGAGAUGUAAUGGAAGCCCUAGGAGACAAAAUAUCUGCCAAUAUCCUCGCACAAAGUGUAAACGUACCAGUGGUAAAGUGGAGUGGAGAUACCAUCCGUGUUGAUAACUUUGACAAGAAAAUUACUCAAGAGGUAUACAAUAAAUCGACGAUACAUUCGUUAGAUGCGUGCAUUAAGGAGUGCCAACGGAUUGGGUACCCUGUUAUGAUAAAAGCAUCUCAAGGAGGAGGGGGGAAAGGGAUCCGGAAAGUGGAGAACGAAGCAGAAAUAGAGAAAGCCUACGCACAAGUACAGAUAGAAUUACCCAACUCGCCAAUCUUUUUAAUGAAAGUCUGUAGCAAUGUUAGACACAUCGAAAUACAAGUUGUCGGGGAUAUGUAUGGAAAUGUAUGCUCCCUAAGUGGAAGAGACUGCACGACACAGAGGAGGUUCCAGAAAAUUUUUGAAGAAGGGCCCCCGUCAGUUGUACCUCCAGAUAUUUUCCGUGAAAUGGAAAAGGCAUCCAUACGUCUAACAAAGAUGAUAAAAUAUAGAGGUGCGGGAACCAUUGAGUAUUUGUAUGACCAGGAGAAGCAGACAUAUUUUUUUCUCGAAUUAAAUCCUCGGCUGCAGGUGGAACACCCCGUGUCCGAGGGCAUCACCAACACGAAUCUUAUUUCGAUACAGCUACAGGUCGCCAUGGGAAUUCCCCUUCAGAAUAUAGACGACAUUAGGAGGUUGUAUCGCAUAGGGGAAUGGGGCGGGGGGGCGAGUCUUCGUGCGCCUGUGGAGGCCGCUCACAGGUUCGGUGCCGCCUGCGAGUACAGCCCGAGUAGAAGCGUCAGAAGGGAGAGCAGCACUGGUGGUAGCCGCGGUAGUAGCCGCCGUAGUGAUAGUAACAUCCCUUUCUGUGGGGAGGAGGGCGCCCGCGCGGAGACGUGCAAUCCGGCCCUAGGCGGCAUCGAGAAGGGAAGAGACCAAACUGAGGACUUCCCACCCCCCAGAGAGGAAGAGAUGCAUCCAUUCGACUUCUACAAUAACAGGCCGCACGUGAGCAACCACGUGAUUGCCGCCAGAAUCACUGCAGAAAAUAGCAACGACAGUUUUAAGCCCACUUCAGGAAAGGUAAAAAGAAUUCAUUUCCAAAACUCGAACGAUGUGUGGGGAUACUUCUCAAUCGAUGAUGGAUCCGUGCAUGAAUUCUCCGAUUCGCAAAUUGGCCACAUUUUUGCAAAAGGAGAAACGAGGGAAGUAGCUAGAAAAAAUCUAAUCCUCGCAUUAAGGAAAUUAAACAUAGAGGGGGAAAUAAAAACAGGGACAAAAUACUUAGCGAAGAUUCUGGAAUGUAAACCAUUUAUUGAAAACAACAUAACGACAAAUUGGUUGGACACAAUUAUUGAAAAGAAAAAAAAUAUCUAUUACAACGCAGUACAUAUAAUCAUUUUGUGUGCAACGAUUUUUAAACUGCUCAUUCAUUUUACGAAGGAAAAAGAGGAUAUCGAAGAUGCGCUCAGUAGAGAGGACAUUGGAAUUAAACCACAGGAAGAUGAUGCCUUCGCUAAUCUGAAGAGGGAGGUAAAAAAUGCGUACACGUUCGACAUAGUAUUCGAAAAUGUCAGGUACAAUUUUAAGGCCCAUAAUACAGGGGAGAAUCUUUAUACUCUAAAAAUUAACGAACAGGAAAUCGAAGUGCUAGCUAAUUACGACAAAAAGGACAAUAAAAUAUUUGCUAGCUUUUUGAACCACACCUAUUUGUAUACAUGUUCGGAAGACAGCUUAGGCAUCCACAUGCAUCUCGAAAAGGACAGUGUUUUUAUCCCCAAGAUGUGUAACCCAUUUCAUUUGGUGUCCAAUACGAAUGGGAAAAUUGUAAAAUAUUUGAUAAAGGAUGGAGAGGAGGUAAAGAAGAAUGAGGACUACAUAGAAGUCGAGGCCAUGAAAAUGAUUAUGACUUUUAAGUCUACAGAAAAGGGUAUACUCAGGCACAGGAUGUCUGAGGGCACCAUCGUAAAAGUAGGGGACCUCCUGGGAGUGAUUGAGGAAACCUCUCCUGAUAGCAGCAGCAAGCGAGGAGAGCAAAAUCAAAUUAAAACCUUCACUGGGCAUUUGGACUUAUCCAAUAAGUACGCAUACGAGUUGGAGGAACCGAGUCCACUGCCGCACCCCCUUAAGGGGGAGGAAGUCCCCCUCGGUUUUGUCGCCAUGGAUGAGUCUGCGGAAGGUGCCUGGCCGAUUAGCGAUCAAAACGGGGGUAAAAGUCAUUUGCAUAAGGGGGCUACAUACCGUGACGAGGAAGAGACACUGAGGGUUGUGCCAAACGAUGAGCCAAGUAGAAGACAUCGUCUGGGUGAAAAUACGGGGGACACACACGUGGUGGAUGCCCCCAAGUCGAAGGAUUCCUCGUCCUUCUCCUCCUUUGAACAGGAAGAAACGUCAUCCAGGGAAGGAAUCACAAAAAAUAGGCUAUUCCUAAAGCAGAGGAAAAACAUAUUCCGCCUAUUUGCGAGCAAAAAGGCCAGUGAUGAAAAAGAGCACACUGCAGUGAGUUACGCGAACGAAAAAUUUAACUCCGUCAAGGCGUACCUGACUAGUCUCAGCUCGUCCAGCGCGAGUUCGGCGGCACCCACGAGUGCCAACACGAAGGUCAAGGUGGAGGCAGAUAUGAAGGAAGCCGCGCAGAUAGGAGAGGAGGAAGCCGAUGCAGUUGCACAGUCGAACAAGUCCUACGCCAAUUCUGAAUCCAGGGAGUGCGCGAAUGUCUCAUCCACUGCGCACCCGGUGAAUGAUGAGUCGGGAAGUGCCAACCAGGGGAGUAGCAGCCUGGGGAGUGGAAGCCUGGGGAACAUAUCCACUGGUCUUAACGCAAGCUGCCAAAACUCUUCACCGAGCGAGAGGACAGACCGUAACGACAAUGUGUCGAGCGAAGUUGUGUCUACGAGGAAUAUCUCCAAUGAGAAGGCGUCCAACGCGGGCACCCUCAGCUGGGACAUCGAUAAUAAGGGGGCAUGGAAAAGUGCCUCGGAAAGUGCAUCAUCAAAAAGUGCGUCAAAAAGUACAUCAGAAGCCACUUCUUCUAAUUGCACCUCGAACAGUUGCACACAAGUGGGGGGGGACACCCCGGGGGUGACUUCUCCGAAUGGUCCUCCGAGUGAUCACCCGAGAACCGGCGAGGAGCCAAGAAAAAAACAAUUCUUGUUAGACAUCCCCAAUAUGAAGAGAGUGGAAUAUUUACUAAAAGGAUAUGAGCAGGAUUAUCAGCAAUGUUUCAACGAAUUAGUUAAGAAGAAAAAGAAAAACAACAUUAACGCUAACUUUAUUUACAUCCUGGACAAAUUUAUAGAGUACAAUUCGCUAUUUGCCAAAAAAGAAAACAUCACACAGGUAGAAGCUUACGAUAUUUUGCACAGCAGAAUCACGAAUGAGAAGAAAAAAAAAUAUGAAAUUGCACAUGCGUAUACGUACAACUAUUUGAGCAUAAAAUUUGUUGAGCUAGUUUUAAAAUACCUACUAGACAGUGGGUUCACCUCGCUGAGUGAGAUGCCAGAGGACCUUCUGGAGAGACUAAAAAAGAUAACAUCUUUUAGAGGGAAACCCUUCGGCAACAUCAUCCUUCUCGCCAGGGCGAUAGUACACAUCGCGGAACAUAUGCGCUUGGUGAAAUUCGUAAAGGAUGCAUUAAACGAUAGGAAUGCCAAUUUUGGUGAGAAAAUUAAGCAACUGGAGGAGAACAUAAAGAUAAAGAAGCGCUUCAUUACACAUUCAAGAUUGGGACAACUUCCAAGUGAUGCAUCUAUGCCCUCCUCUACUUCGAGCAGCUAUAGGAACCAUUGCGAACGUGUAGUGAAUACAUUUUUGGGAAGCCCCUCAGACGUGCACAUGUUCCUUCCAUCGCUCUUUACCCCAGAAAAUAAAAACGCUCUGCUAGAAAUAUACGCUCAUAAUCUGUAUAAACACUUUGAUGUCAAGACAGAACUAGUGGGGGACGACUGCCUCAAAUUUUUCAUAAACAACUCGGAGGAAGAACAUUUACUCAUCCUAAAUGAGAAAAGCAUGGUACAUGUGGAUGACUUGAUUGCCAAAGAGGGGAUCAAUCCCACUGAUCGACGAAUAAACAGCAUUCAUAUUAUUAACACAAAUGAGAGCUUCCCUAAUGACUAUGAAGCAAGUGUAGGACAUAUAAAGAAUAAGUGCAAACAUCUGUACAUUUAUCACUAUUUUGGGGAGCGAUACGGGGAUGUUUACGAAUGGGUUGGAGAGGAUGACAGCGGGGAGGAGAUCUAUUCGGGUCGACGCACAAAUCUGCUGCCCUACCAAAGAUAUAUCUUCUCCUUUGAACAGAGCUGCCAAAAUUAUGACCUGGAAAGUGUAGAUGAGAAAAUAUUUAACGAAACCAAGGUAUUCCUGGGGAGGUACAAAAAGAAUAACAAAAUUGAAUCGCUGUUUGCAGAGAGGGUGAUCCAUGUGGGUGAGUUUCCAAAGGGUCGAAUGUCUCUAGUGAGGGAAACUCCCAAAAAAGGGGGGAACACCAUGGGGGAGCAACACCUACCCCCUGUGAUGGAACAGACGCGGCUGCAAGAGGCACUCACGGAAGAGUUCACAGAAGCGGUCAACGAUAUAACAAUAGCUAGACUGAACCCGAAAGUGCACGACGCAAAGGUGAGCAGCUACAUAACGUACCAUGUAGUACUCGAUGAAAAGAAACGGAAAGGGGAAGAUGAAGACAAGGACAAAGACCAAUUAAAUACAAUUGAAGAGGCACUCAAGAACUUCCUCAAUAGGCAUAACGAGCUCCUUCUAGAAAAUUACGUCAACGAUGUAUACAUAUGUGUGUACAGAAAGGGAGGUGAAUCUUCCAAGGGGAGACUCAAGUUGACACCGAGGAAAAUACUCAGACUGCACGUGCUCUUCGACGGAGAAAAUAAUGUAAUCGAAGAGGUUGAAAGUGUUCCCCCCUUUGAUGUUGACGCGUUGUACCUAAAAAGAAAGAGGGCUAGAGAUAUAGAUACGUUAUAUGCCUACGAUUUUGUCAAGGCUAUAAAUAUUUCCCUAAACAGGAUGAACCUGGGCGACCCCGAGGAUCUAUUCACCUAUGUGAACAGCGUCAGGGAGUUUAAGCUAGACUUGGAGGCACUACAGGGGGGGGGAGAUCGCACGGCAGAGGGGAACACCGCGAAGCAGGACACGCCCCAUAUGGAUGAGAAGGACACGUCACAUGCUACUUCCCAUCUCGCUUCCCAUUCCGACUGGCUGUUUCUUCCCCCGCACGACGGCCUCAGCUCAGAACAAGUGAAGAUAAGAAACGCGCUCUACUUGUCAGACAAGCUUAAUGUGGGCCAAAACAAACUGAGCGUUAUCGGCCUGUUGAUGAACGUGAGGACAAUCGAAUACAAAGAAGGAAGGGACGUAAUUUUUAUCAUAAAUGACAUAACGACGCAUGGUGGCUCAUUUAGUGUCGUGGAAGACCAGUUAUUUUACGCCAUAUCUAGCUACGCCAGGGAGAAAAAAAUUCCGCGCAUUUACAUAUCGUGCAAUUCAGGUGCAAGAAUUGGGCUCUACCCUUUUCUGAUGGAUAAAAUUCAAGUCAGUUGGAAAGACGAAAAAAAGAAGGAACUCGGGUAUGACUACAUUUACAUAACAGAAGAGGUGAAAAAUAGGAUAGCCAAGGAAGACAUCAUAUUUUUGAAGGAAAUUCUUCAAAAUGGGGAAAAAAGAUACCUAAUCGAAGGUAUAGUAGGGAACUUAAAUAAUCAUAUUGGAGUGGAAAAUCUACGGGGGAGUGGUCUUAUUGCUGGGGAAACAUCCAAAGCGUAUGAUGAGAUUUUUACCCUAUCCUAUGUUACUGGUAGAAGUGUUGGCAUCGGUGCUUACCUUGUUAGACUCGGGAAAAGAACCAUCCAGAAAAAAGGUUCUUCUCUUUUACUAACAGGGUUUAACGCGCUAAAUAAAAUAUUAGGGGAAAAGGUCUACAUCAGCAAUGAACAAUUGGGAGGUGUCAAAAUUAUGUUGAGGAAUGGCAUAUCUCAAUUGGAAGCUCAAAAUGAUCAGGAUGGUGUCGACAAAAUUUUCAAGUGGCUAUCCUAUGUGCCGAAAACAAGUGACCAUUACUAUGACGUUAUUGAGAAGGCGCGAGAGAAGAGAAGUGAAUUUAGCAAUUAUGAGCAGGCUAAUGGGGAGCAGGUACACACCGUCGAAAGGGAAGCUUCCCAGUCGGAGAACAAACCCACAUUCAAGAGGAAACCGCCAGAAAUGUACUUCCAAAGAAUUAAUGACAUAGACAUGGAUAACAUAGAAAACGCAGAUGUAGUAGAUCUGAUAAGAGGCACAAACACGAAGCAGGGAUUUUUAGACAAAAAUAGCUACUUUGAAUACAUGAAUGAAUGGGGAAAAGGGAUAAUAACAGGAAGGGGGAAAUUGGGUUCCAUCCCCGUAGGAGUAAUAGCUGUUAAUAGAAAUUUAGUGACGCAGGUUGUUCCGUGCGACCCAGCAUUGAAGACCAAAGCAGUGAGGUCAACACACGCACCAUGUGUUUUCUUCCCAGACAAUUCAUACAAAACAGCUCAGUCGAUUGAAGAUUUUAAUAAAGAAAAUCUACCCCUAUUCGUUUUUGCCAAUUGGAGGGGAUUCUCAGGUGGCACAAUGGAUAUGUUUAACAGCGUUUUAAAAUUCGGGUCAAUGAUUGUUAAUCAGCUUGUUAAUUACAAACACGCCGUUUUUGUCUACAUUCCAAUUUGGGGGGAGCUGAGAGGUGGGUCCUGGGUUGUUGUGGACGAGACGCUAAAUAGCCAGAUCAUCGAGAUGUAUGCGGACACGAACAGUAAAGGCGGCAUUUUGGAGCCACCCGGAAUUGUCGAGGUGAAGUUCAGGUUACCCGAAAUUAGGAAGCUGAUGCAUGGGAUUGACUCGUCCAUAAUUUCUCUGGACAAGCAGCUGGCGGAAGCGCAGGAGGAUGACGUGUCUAGAAUAAAGAAACAAAUAGAGGACAAGGAAAAGGAGCUGUUGCCAUUUUAUUUGCAAGUUUGUCACAGAUACGCAGAUCUUCACGACGUGUCUAAAUGCAUGAAGUCGAAGGGAGUGAUUAGGAAAAUCGUUCCUUGGGAGAAAGCCCGUUCCUUCUUUUACUAUCGCCUCGUGCGACGGCUGCUGAUGAGCACGCUGAGCAAAAAAUACGGAACUGCGUUCACCCAAUGUGAAGAAUUCAAGAAACUCACCAGUGACAUCGCCUCCUCGGACGAAGACGACUACGAAGUGUGCAGGAGAAUUUUAAAUGAAAGCACUCUGAGGGAUAUAGAGCGAUUAACGGAGGAUCUGCACCACCAGAAAACACUGGAUGAGUUUUACAAGGCCUUUCAGAGGUUGCCUCCUCAACUGAGAAGGGAACUCUUUAGCAAGCUAAGUUCUCACGAGUAG